CAAGGUGUGCGCGGAUACCAGCAGACAACAGGUCCUUCCAUACACCGGCGACUGUCGGCGCGCCACCAAGGGACUUGAUUAGGGAGAACUACUGUGUGCACCAAGGGACUUGAUUAGGGAGAACUACUGUGUGCACCAAGGGACUUGGUGUACUGUAUGCCAGCAAAUAUUUCCUUUGGAUUUCUGGGCUAGCGGCUCUCAGUCAAGACGCGUUGCUGAGAGUCUGGCGCCAUCAUGCCAUCCGCUAGUCCCAUGUACACGUUCUCAAGCGUCUUUGAGCCCGAGACCCCCUUUGUUGAGUCACGUGACGGCGGCAGGGCCGAGCGCCCCCUGGUGAGCGGCUCCUACGACCCCUUCAAAUGUUUGAGCGCCAUGACGGAGCAGAGCUUGACCGGCAACUUCACCACAACCAUCCCGCCCUCCGGCUUCACUAGCAGCCCGUCCGGCUUCACUAGCAGCACGUCCGGCUGUCUGACAGACAUGUAUACGGAGCCGGCCGGCGUGUAUCCGGCGUGUGAGAGAAACAUUUACUCUUCCUCCUCUUCUCCCCUGUCCUCCCCGCCCCUGUCCCCGGCGCCAACAUGCUACACCUACCCGACCAAGUCCAGCUCAACGAGCGAGUGUUUGACCAGCCCUGGGUUCGAACCUUCGGCCAGCCAUCACUCGCACCUUCCGUACACAAACAACACUUGCUCGCAUCUCAACGAUCAUUCAGUAAGGGAAGUAACUGACUUAAGGGCCGCUUGUAAGAAGAGUUAUCCAUCUUGUUCUUCUCAAGGCGCUCUAGAAGCAGACGGCGAUCGUCUGUUGAGCUGGACGCGGCACCACCCCGAGCGCUGGUCCAGUAACGAAGUCCUCGACUGGCUCUUCUUCGUGGCUCAGGAACGUGGCCUGGAGAUGCAGGAGUUCCGUGGCGAGAACUUCCAGAACCUCUCAGGCGCCCAGCUGUGCCAGAUGUCGCUGGCAGACUUCACCAGGCUCGAGCCGCACUUCGGCACAGUCAUCUACGAGAUGUUCAAAGCUCUGCUCUGUGGGGUUUUAUUCCGUAAACCUGUACUGCCAGACCCGGACAGCCCUGAGUGUCUGUCUGCCUACUCCCCCGCCCAAAGCCCUUCACACAAGACCUUGACGCAUCUUCAAGGUUAUGACCUUUCACCCCAGACCUACAACUCAGAGAGCGAUGUAGCGAACUGUAAUGGUGCCAACCAACAUUUGUUUAAACAAGAAAGAUGCAGUAGCAUACAAAACGGUAUCGAUAUUGAUUCCUACGACUUUGAUUUGGACGAUACCCCUUGCCUGACAACAGCACAGUGUCUGGACCAGUAUCCCCCAGAUUAUGGGAUGUAUCCAGCCCAAUAUCCACAAAACGCCGCCACUUCCUGCUGCUAUCCACACCAGCCCUACCCCCAGCAGCUUCCCAGACGACGGCCCGGCCGACCCAGGGUCAAAGGUCUUGUAGAAGACGAGAGAUCCAGCAAGGAGAAGAAAGUAAAAAACCAGCACUUGUGGGAGUUUAUCUACGAGACGCUGAUGAACCCGAUGUACAACCCGCAGUACCUGCGCUGGGAGAACCAGAGAGACGGCGUCUUCAGGUUCGUUCAGUCUGAGGCUGUGGCCCAACUGUGGGGAGGACGCAAGAACAACGAGAACAUGACGUACGAGAAGCUGAGCCGGGCCAUGAGACAUUACUACAGACGAGGAAUCCUGGAGCGGGUCGAGGGGAGGCGACUGGUGUACAAAUUUUCUCUAAAAGCAAUGGACAGAGUUCGGGAAAAGAGACAUAAUCCCGUGUAAUCAGCUCAAACUAAAUCGGACAAGUUGUCUACCAUGAUGUUUCAUUAUUGAAUCGUUGACAUCAUCAACAAAUGUUAUCACAACUCUCCCCUAUACAUGGAGCAAACUCUUCCAAACCACAUUUUCUUCAUUUGAAAACCUGGAAUUGGCUUACCCUUAUAAUUUACAUCUAGAAAUUGUAGCUGCGAUUUUUUUUACCUGCCCCCAUUGGCCCAGGUUGUACUUCCAGUCAAUGGUAUAGGAAGGAUUUUAUUAUUAUAGGGGAUGUCAUGCAUGUUAUAUAAGUAUAAGUACUAUAAGCAUAUAAUAUAUAUAAAUGUAUGUAUAUAUAUAUAUAUAUAUAUAUAUAUAUAUAUAUAUACAUAUAUAUAUAUAUAUAUACAUACAUUUAUACAUAAAUUCUAUACAGUCUGUGAUCCACAAUUUUACAUUAAUAUUUGGUAAUUACUUCUAAAAAUAGAUACAUUUAUUUGAUGUAGCAUUAUGAUGUAGCAAUUUCAACGUUGAAUUGAUUUAAUUUUGUUAAUUUUUUUAUGCCUGAAAAUAGUUGCCCUUUUGAAGAGUGAGUAACUAAUUCUCUGUGUCAUCAUCUGUGAGUCCUUGUGUCACCAUCUGUGAGUCCUUGUGUCACCAUCUGUGAGUCCUUGUGUCACCAUCUGUGAGUCCUUGUGUCACCAUCUGUGAGUCCUUGUGUCAUCAUCUUGAGUCCUCGUGUCACCAUCUGUGAGUCCUUGUGUCACCAUCUGUGAAUCCUUGUGUCACCAUCUGUGAGUCCUUGUGUCAUCAUCUGUGAGUCCUUGUGUCACCAUCUGUGAGUCCUUGUGUCACCAUCUGUGAGUCCUUGUGUCACCAUCUGUGAGUCCUUGUGUCAUCAUCUGUGAGUCCUUGUGUCACCAUCUGUGAGUCCUUGUGUCAUCAUCUGUGAGUCCUUGUGUCACCAUCUGUGAGUCCUUGUGUCACCAUCUGUGAGUCCUUGUGUCACCAUCACCAGCUAUUAGGUCUUGGAUCCAGCCCUGGGUCAGACAUACCAAGUUUGUCGUUGACAGUUUGUGGUUGGCAAAGUUUGUCGUUGGCAGUUUGUGGUUGGCAAAGUUUGUCAUUGGCAAAGUUUGUUGUUGGCAAAGUUUGUUGUUGACAAAGUUUGUUUUGUUGUUGACAAAGCCAUACCGUCCUGGUCAUGGCUGCAGUUAUGCAUGGCUGACAGUUGACAGAAACAGGGGGUCAAUGACCCCUGCAUUUAUCCUUAGAAAUAACGGUAAAUGUGUUUGCUUACAUAGUAGUUAGCCAGUACUAGGACGUUAGGUCAACACUUGCACCUGUUGCUGCACUUUAUGUAACCUGCUUGCACCUGUUUAUACAAUGAAAUUUCUAGGCUAGCGCUGUAUGUUCAGACAAAUGUCUGCUUUAUGUACAAAUGUCUGCUCUCUCACCCGUGAGCAGGUUUGGUCCUAUAAAUGAUGCCAGCUGACCAUUGGUCCUAUAAAUGACACCAGCCUAUGUACACUAAUUGUAUGGUUUACUAGAGUGUCAGUGUAUGUUUGGGAGUGUCAAGAUUGUACCAUUUACUAGUGUCUGUGUAUGUUUGGGAGUGUCAAAAUUGUACCAUUUACUAGAGUGUCAGUGUAUGUUUGGGAGUGUCAAGUUUGCAGAGUUGCUGUAUUUUUAUGUGUACACUUGUACAAGCACACCAUUUUAUGUACCCAUCAAAUGACAUGCAAAACCUAGGUAAAUAUCAUCAAACAGAUAUGUUGCUUCUAGAGUGGGGUGGUUUCAUAGAAUUGUUACUACUGUAUUGUAUUUCACAUUUUCUCACUGACUUGUGUUACAUGUGUGAAUCUAGUCAGUUUUUCUGAUUUGCUAAAAUUUGUUCUAUGAAUGUAUUCUCUCUUCAUCAACUCAAAUAUACUUGCACAUGUAUGAGUUUGCUGAAGAAACACAUCACACUCAAUAGUUGUCAUUCAUUAAAACAAGCAUUUAUUGCCAAUCUCUCUAUCCCUAACCUCUUCCCCAGGCCUAGUUUUAAACUAUUAAAUAUUUGAGUUGUUUCCCUUUUGCUAGUGUUUUGAAACAAUUUUAAAUACCAAACGCCCAUGGCUACUGUUUUGAGCCUACCUUAGAUAGCUGCAAACACAGACAAUUUAUUUAUAAAAACUUAAGCAAACUUGGGUCUAUUUUGGGUACUUUGGUAUAUUUUUUUAAUGAUUUACAAGUCUUUUUUUUUUUAAAUUUAACUUUUAAAAAUGUGACAUCACAUUUUCUCACCCCCACCCCCCAACAAACAAGCCUUCUUUAGAAAGUGUUAUGUCAUUUAUUGAUAAGACAUGCAAUGACAUUGCUUCAUUGGCAAUGUAGUCAACUCUAGUUAUCCCACUUUUGAGGUUUGAGUUGCAUACUUCAAACACUGCUCUUUGCUUGAAUUUUUAUGUAAAUAUCAUUAAAUUAUAUAUAUAUAAAACUAAACUAUAUCUAAUAUAUUUAAUUGUGUUGUAUAAAAAUAAAAAACAGAAGUUUAGUUUACUAGUGGGUAAGGUCAGUGUGAUUAAUAAAUAAAUGAAUAAAUACAAGCAGUGAUGUGAGCCAUAAGAUGACAGAGUGUAUCUGGUGUCAUAAAGUUUUGGA